GCGCGCUGCACAUCCACUUCCGUGUUUAUGACACUGAGGGCGCGUGAGCCGCAGCCGGGUUUCUGUGUUGUCUGAUUAAAUUGCGGUGAUGCGCCUCCGAGUUUUGUGUCUUUUUUGUGUUUUUGGCUUCGUGUCAUUACAGUAUGUCCCUCCAUACACGGAGGACUGUCAGACGGGGAUGUACCCCCCCAGUGGCCCAACAUUUAAAGGUGCAGUCACUUGGUACACUGUCAACCUCGACUUGCCCCCAAGCAAAAGAUGGACAGAAAUCAUCACGGAUAAGAAGAAUGAUCUGAUCAGCAUGGUCCAGGCCAUCAGAGAUCUGGCAGAUGCCUUCGUCCCUAGUGGGCGUCUCGAGGAGUUCAUUGACGAGGCUUUGCCCUUGAUGAUCGACACUCUUCCGUAUCCUUUCAACGAAGAGAUUAAAGGAAUCGCAACAGCAUCCGGAGUUCCUCUGGGCGAGGUCAUUCUUUUCAACAUAUUCUAUGAGGUUUUCACCGUGUGCACCUCGCUGGUCGCUGAAGAUCCUGACGGAAACCUCCUUCAUGCUCGGAAUCUGGAUUUCGGACUUUUUAUGGGUUGGGACAUGAAGAACAAGUCAUGGGUGAUCACGGAGAAGCUGAAGCCUCUCGUGGUGAAUGUGGACUUCAGGAGGAACAACAACACCGUAUUCAAAUCCACAAACUUCGCCGGCUACGUGGGAAUGCUCACCGGCAUCCGGCCUUACGUGUUCACCCUGACGAUGAACGAAAGAUUCAGCUUGGACGGUGGCUACAUCGGAAUUCUGGAGUGGAUCGUGGGGAAGAGAGACGGCAUGUGGAUGAGCUUCCUGACUCGCUUCGUCUUAGAAAACGCCACCAGCUAUGAGGAAGCUAAGAAUCUGCUGUCCGACACGAAGCUGUUGGCUCCUGCUUACUUCAUUCUGGGAGGCAACCAGAGUGGCGAGGCGUGCAUCAUCACCCGCUCCCGAACACAAAACCUCAACCCUCUAGAGCUGGAUGUUAAGCAGGGCCGUUGGUAUGUGUUGGAGACAAAUUAUGACCACUGGAAGGCGCCACUGUUCCUCGAUGACCGCAGAACACCGGCGAUGAAGUGCAUGAAUCAGACCACACAGGCCAAUAUCUCCAUAAAGACGGUCUACGACGUCCUGUCCACUAAGCCGGUCUUAAACAAAUUAACUACAUACACAACACUAAUGGAGGUGUCGAAGGGGAAGUUGGAGUCGUUUAUCCGGGACUGUCCGAGCCCCUGCAUGCCGUGGUAAAAGCUCAGACGCGUCCCUCAGCGCUUCUCCAGAACGUUGUUUUACUCAGUGCAUGUGCCUUAUUGAGAUUGCUCGUCCCUCAAACCUUCACAGUGAUCGUUUUAUUCUAAAAUUAAUAUAAUAAAAUGGAAGCCAUGAAUUUCAUUAAGCACUACUGCGGUGAUUUUCAUUUUAAUUCUGUAUAAAGGACUAGAUUUAGUACUAGAUUUUACUUCUGUGGCUCAGAUUUUAUCGUUAACGUGACGUGUAGAAUGUAAACAGGAGUAUUGUGAAUAUCAUAAAUGAAUUGAUUUAUAUUAGAGCUAAUGGCAGUAAAAGGUUUUAUGAUGCAUUUUACUCACUAAGGCCUAGUUUUAUCAGCACAGAGGGACAAAUUAAAACCUUAUCAAUGCAAUAUGUACUGAAUGAAUUUGUUAGGAUUUCUUGGAAGUAUUCAACAAUAGGACAAUUUGUUUACAAAUCAUGUAUUAGUGUGUGCGCAUAAUUAAUUAUUUUUUCCCAUGUGAGUGUUUUUAUGUUUAAGGAUGUUGUGUUAUCUGAAUGUUCGUAGCUUGGCUUCCUAACACGUGUGUUUCUGCUCACUACACAAAACACCAAUAUAAUCUCUAUCCUAUCUACACUUUGAUGUAAAAAAAAAAACUGACUGAUUUAUGAUGGUGAUGAUGAGAAUGAUAAUAAUGUGUUUCCUGUGAAUCAUCAUCUUCCACUUCGUAAUUUACGCUUCUAGAACUCAAUGCUACAUGUACGAAGAAGUAAUUCUACAAUUACAGUAAAGAUUCUUGCUGGAACACGUUACUAUGGUAAUGUUUUGACAGGCGGCGCUAAGUGGAGGCUCAUGAUGUCGUAUCACGAGCUACAGAUCGUCAGAAUUGUUGUGUCAGUUAAUAAAGUGAGACGUAAAUAAAGUAAAAUUUUGUUCUUGCA